AUGUAUGACUACCUUGCUAAUAUCGAGCUUGAUCAGGUGCCUGAAACCCGCGAUACAAGACCACCUCCAAAGCGUCAAGCUUCGCGGCUCAUCACAGUUGAUAGCGUUCUUCAGUAUGCAUCCGAUAUUCCAUCUAUGCAGAAAAGACAACCGCAGAGACCGCGAGCUUUCAGGACGGGCUCUGGUAAACCUGUUGACCCUCGACUGACUGGCCGAUUCGCUGCUCCUCACAUUCCCUCUCGAUCGACCAAGACUUCGGAAAAGUUGGUUCUCCUACCAGAGUCCGUGGAAGAGGAAGACGAGAAAGGCGAUUUUGGUCCUGAGGGCGACACCGGUCCUCCGAAAGACGACGAAAACUUCAGAAAACUUGGAAGUGAUGGAGUCAAGAGUUAUGCUGAGAGAUUGCCCAAGUCUCGGAGGACAGAGAAAGAACUUCCUAGAGUGACAGCAUACUGCACAGCGCAGGCUUACAAAUUGGCCAAUGUGGGAGCUUUUGUUCGUCAACGACACGGUGCUCGAGCUAAGUUGUACGAUGAUUGUCUAUACUGUGCAUAUCAUCUACCUUUGUUACCAGGAUCGGAGGGCUAUAGGGUUCGAAGUAGCCCUCCAGUCAAGAGCGCCAAGGGUGGGACUGUACUUGAUGAGGUUAUAGAACGGAGCGAGCAGCGCAAUUAUCGUCAACCCUAUUACGCCGAAGAAGAAGAACAACAUUCUGUGGUAGGCCAUUAUACCCCAGAAGAACAACCCAUUGAGACGAAUUCCGAUGAGCAAAACGUUGAACCACCACGGAUUAAUGGCCAUCGACGCGAUAGCAACAAUUCACUAAGGUCCAACAGUCCGUCUGCCCCAGCCCCAUUUGAUUCAUAUCGGUUUGCAGAAAUGUAUGUUUUCGGCUACGGAGUGGUUGUGUUCUGGAAUUUCAGCGAACGACAGGAGAAAGAUGUCUUGGCCGAUUUUGCAUUUGCAACUCUGGUUGACCCCGACACGAACAUCGCUAUGCCGACUAUUCUGACGACAAACUCAUUGGAGGAGGAGGACUUUGAGACUGAAGAGUUUCACUUUGAGUACAACAAUGAUAUUGCGCGGCCACGAGUCUACAAUGACAUGAUCACGCUACGAAAUGGGGACCACAUGAUCAAACUAGCCAUCAGCCAUGCCAUUGCACAAAGUACCAAAUUGAGCUUCUUCGAGGAAGCUAUGGCUGCGCAAAUGGAAGCAGCCAAAGAUGUUCCGGGACGACUGGCCAAGACGGGUGAGUUGGGCAUGAAGCGAGAAGAGGUCAUUAAACUACUUGGAGGACUCUUUAAAAGUCGAGUCGAUGUGAAUUUGUCAUCCAACGUGCUCGAUGUGCCGAACUUGAUCUGGGAUAGUGAACCGACCCUGCAUCCACUAUACACGGCGGUACGGGAGUAUCUUGAAAUCAAGCCUCGCAUCCAGGUGCUCAACGAACGAUGCCGGGUGUUCCUCGAUCUGGCCGAAGUAUUAUCAGACUACAUUUCUGAUAACAAAAUGUCUAGGAUUACUUGGAUUAUCAUAGUGCUUAUUGGCAUCUCGAUCCUGGUCACUUGCUCGGAAGUGUUCCUACGUUUUGGGAUCCUGACCACACGAGGAGGACCUAAGCUACCUCAGACGAUACAGGGGUUGAGCAUGAGUAGCGAGCUGUAA